UGUCGCGUGUCUGGAUGACAAGGUAGACGACCAUGAGUGAACAGUAACCGACUAUUGCUCGCGUUAUCGUUAUAUAGUUAGCAUAUAAAAAAAAGACCUGUGUCGCACGCGGAAGCCUGGUUACGUCUGGAGCUGUCCCUAUAAUUAUACCGGCUUGCAACAAUCAACAAUCAACAAUCGUAUUAAGGCCAAUUGGAUGGCACGAGGGCGGUGAUGGGUCGUCAUCUAUACCACAGCUCUUAAUUAUGAAGUAACAGAUAAAUAGAUCUCUCUAGAUCUCUCCUCGUCGAAUCACACACAUACAUACACAUACAUACGCACAUGUCGAUAAGACGCAGCCGACUCUGUUGUCGGCUCGACGCGAAUUCAAAUUCCGAAGUCACCAGUGUCUGUUAGCUUCUAGUGGUGGAAACAUCGUGAAAACCGAGGCUGCAAGUGAUAAAACGACUGCUAGUUAAUCAUGAAACUUUCGCAGCGGUGAUAUAAAGCCGCGAACACGAGAAAAAAAGCAAUGAAGUAAUAAAAGGCUGAGUGGAUUAGUUUUUGUACUUUCGAUUUAUGCGUCAUUUAUGUGUUACGCUGCGAGCAUACACCGGCGAUAGUAAUUUUCGCGAACCUGGAAUUUGUCGGGAAUAAAUGGUAAAAGACCAAUUAAUACUAAAAUAGAUGUUAUAUAUAUGUAGCUCUCUUUUGUGUAAAAUACUGUGAAAUACAGCGAUUAAUCAAUUUUAAAAAAUCGUUCUCUCUGAAAAGCUGCAAUCAUUUGCAGCGAUUGUUUGGAAAGAUAAAAUAAUAAAAACGACGUUGGAAAAAUGAAAGUAUCGAUACACGGAUGAUUUGAAAUUAAGGACAUUCGAUAAAAACUUGAGGAAAACUACUUGUUGGAUUCAUUGUAUUGAAGUCCGCAGCUCCGGAGAAUCGCCAGGAAAAUAAAAUAGGACAGCCCCCGUUCCAUUCUCGUCUCACAUGGCUACGAUCACAAAUAUCGAUGCGCUGAAGGAAGGCGGGCCGAAGGAGGAAAUUGUGAUGCAAGUUUCGUCUCCCCAGCGUCACAGCAAACGCACGCAAUGGAGGCAAUGGCUAGCAUGCAUAUCAGCGACUCUAUCUAUGGUGGCGGUCGGUACUGUUUACGGAUGGACCACUACGUCACUCUCGCGACUCACAUCCGGCGCCAGCGAUGUUCCAGUGAAGAUCACCCAGGACGAGAGUUCAUGGAUCGUGUCGCUGACGGUGAUCGGCUCGAUGAUCGGUCCGUUCCUCGGAGCCGGCCUCGCUGAUCGUUACGGCCGUAAGAGAUCCCUCCUGCUCGCCAGCGGUUUCUUCAUCGUCGGCUGGACGGUCGUGUUCUUCGCCCAGAGCGUCACGGCUCUCUACAUUUCGAGGGUAAUCCUGGGCAUCGGCGUGGGCAUGUCGUACACCGCCAAUCCGAUGUACGUGUCGGAAGUAGCCGACGUCAACAUCAGGGGCGCCCUCGGCACUCUGAUCUCCGUGAACGUGUUCACCGGUUCCUUACUGACCUGCAGCAUCAGUCCCUGGGUGUCUUAUCAGGUUCUAGCGGUUCUACUACUGGCGGUAGCCGUUCUCUUCGUGCUGUGCUUCUCCUGGUUCCCAGAGACUCCCGCUUUCCUCGCCGCCAGGGGUCGCAGAGCAGAGGCCACCAGAUCCCUAGCGUUCUUCAAGGGAAUCCGCGAUCGUGACGAGGCUAGAAGAGAGCUGGAGCAAGCUCUGCGCAAUCUUUUCCUCGAGGACGUCUGCGACAACGGCCCGGUGACCGGUCCCGGAGCGCGAACGGAACCGGUGAAGCGUAGCUGGCUCGUCAAACUAAAGUUAAUGCUGUUGCCCAGCAACGCCCGGGCCCUCGGCAUCGUUCUCGGUCUUAUCAUGGCGCAGCAACUUAGCGGGAACUUUAGUACUAUGCAGUAUCUCGAGGUGCUUUUCAAGAAAAUGGCCAUCGGCCUCGACUCCAACAUGGCUACGGUUCUCGUGCUCGCGGUCGGCCUCAUCUCAUCAGGAUUAUCGACCGCGACCGUCGAAGGCGCCGGCAGACGUCCGUUGCUGAUCGCCUCCACCCUGGGCUCCUCCGUUACCCUCGCGAUUCUCGCGGUAUACCUUAUGCUGGACGAGCGAGGCGUCGACAUGUCCUCGAUGAAUCUCCUUCCGGUCAUCGACGUGAUCGCCUUUCAGGUUGCCUUUCAGAUCGGACUAGGUACCCUACCCAGUGCGCUGAUCGGCGAAUUGUUCCCCACCGAGGUGAAGGCGUUCGCCGGCGCCAUCGUGACCAUUUUUGACGGAGUGCUCGGCUUCGCCGUCUCCAAGCUGUACCAAGUGAUCGGCGACUCGCUGGGCGCCGACAUCGUUUACUACUUCUUCGCGGCUUCGUGCUUAUUCGCCUUUGUAAUGGUGAUGUUCGCCGUACCCGAGACCAAGGGCCGGACGUUCCGCGAAAUUCAGGAACUUCUAAGAGACGGCAACAAAAAGGACAUUGCCGAGAACGUUGAAAGUUCACAGAAUCGAAAUAACGUGGCGUGACAGAGAGAGCGAUGCCGCGUUUCACGCUGGACGCGGCGUAAACUCGUUUAUCCAACGUCACAGGACGUUCUUUUCGAAGCGACGAACUUUGAAACGGCGAUUACUUACCCUCACUUGUAUAUAUAUACAGUACCUUUGUAUACGCGGACGAGGAGCGAGUCGCUAAGGCGAAAUCUUCGUCCCCCACAACUUUUCUCGCACCCGCCAUCGAGAAAUAAAGAACUUUUUAAACUCA